UUAAGGUGUCGGGAAGAUGCAAAACAAGGCUGGAGCAGUAAAUACUCAGAUAAGGUAAACAAGAGAACUAUGAAAUUCUAGAGUUUUGCCUACGUCAGAACUUGGACUGUUGCUGCCGGUCAGGAAACCCGGAGCGGCAGUGAGGACUAGUGAGCUGGCUUCCCCAAUUCUCCCUCCCACGCGCAAGCGAUCCUGGCUUCACCCCUGGGUGCACAUGUCUACGUGCUGGGGAGUGCGUGGGCCUGAGAGCGAGAGGAGGCUCCUUUCCCACGAUGUUCACUAACAAGCAGCACCUCAUCCCUGCUGCUCUGGGGGCGCUGGCCAUGCUCUCAAUCAUUGCCCUUGUUCUCAGCCUGGUGAAGACUAAAGAUGUUACUCUGCCGCCCACAGUCAAGUACGGGAUAGUGUUCGACGCAGGCUCGUCCCACACCUCUAUGUUCAUCUACGAGUGGGACUCGGACAAAGAGAACAACACUGGUGUGGUCAGCCAGACCUUGUCCUGUGAUGUCGAGGGGCAAGGCAUAUCAAGCUAUGCCAGUGAUCCCUCGAAAGCUGGUGAGUCCCUAAGAGAGUGCCUGGACAAAGCUCUGAAGGUCAUUCCUCCUGCGAAACAGAGGGAGGUACCAACUUAUCUCGGAGCAACAGCAGGCAUGAGGCUACUGAGGGAACAGAACAGCUUAGCUGCAGACCAAGUCCUGGCUGAAAUUUCCAAGACCAUGCAAGAGUAUCCUAUGGAUUUCCAGGGGGCUCGAAUCAUCACAGGGGAAGAGGAGGGAGCUUAUGGCUGGAUCACCAUCAACUACCUACUGGAUUCCUUCACUAAGUACUCCCCCAAAGAACACACGUGGGUCCAUCCAGAAGUGACCGACAUUUUCGGGGCGCUGGAUCUUGGAGGAGCAUCCACUCAAAUCAGCUUUAUCCCCCAAGGUUCAGUUAUAAAGUGGAAUGAAACCUCCAAGUUCACACUUUAUGGGUAUAACUACAACAUCUACACACACAGCUACCUCUGCUAUGGACAGAACGAGGUGCUGAAGCGCCUGGCAAAAGAAUUAAUCGUGGAGUCAUCCUCCAGCACACGAGUUGAACACCCUUGCUACCCGAAAAACUACAAUGAAACCAUCUCGUUGUCUUCCUUCCACACCAGCCCCUGCACAAGCCAUAAUGACUCACACCUAUCUCUUGCUGACGGAAACGUGACCCUGGAGGGCAGAGGAAAUGCCAGCGGGUGCCUGGCUGCCAUCAGGAAGCUGUUCAACUUCUCUGCGUGCAGCCAGAGCCAGGACUGCACCUUCAAUGGUGUCUACCAGCCCCCUGUCAGCGGGCAGUUCUUUGCCUUCUCAGCCUUUUACUAUACCUUCAAAUUCCUCAACCUGACCAACGGGCAGCCUCUGGCCACUGUCAGGGAGGCCAUCCAGAAUUUCUGCUCAAGAAGCUGGGAAGACCUGUCUUCUAGCUACCCUGAAGAAAAGUCUGAGCGACUGCGUAGCUAUUGCGCCAGCGCCAACUACAUUCUCACACUCCUCCUUGAUGGCUACAAGUUCAAUGAGACCAGCUGGAACAACAUCAUCUUCCAGAUGAAGGCAGGGAGGACGGAUAUCGGCUGGACCCUGGGCUACAUGCUGAACCUCACCAACAUGAUCCCAGCGGAGGCUCUGGAGUGGGUGAAGGGACAUGAUCCCUCCCUGUGGUCUGCAGCCGUCGCCCUCAUUGCGCUCACUCUUGCCUUGGGUCUUGUUGCCCUGCUCAUGCACUUAUGGCUGUAGGAGCUGGGCUGCAUCUCAGAGCCUGGUAGGAGUGCAUCGGGGCUGGGGGCUGACUUAGCCAGGGUCCCCCAAGCAUUGGCCAGCAGGACUGACAGCCCAUUCCUCGAGCUUGGGUCAAUGACGUUGAGCAUAUUAACCUCUACAGUAAUGAAGAAACAAAGACUGGCCUCCCAUGGGACUGUGCCCAAAAAAUGGAGCUGGGCAUCACAUGACAUUUCCAAAGGAGCUCCAUUCCCACUGAGGACUGCUAGGAUCAGCCUAUGCCCUGCAGAAAUCCCAGCCAGUGCCUAUCUGCCUUCUUACUCACCUACGCCUGUUACAUAUUUGGCCUUUAUCCUGCAGGCUGCAGCUUGGGACUCUGGAAAGCCAACCUGGCUGUGGAAGAGCUCCCCAAGUGUUAGGCUGUUGGUGCACAGCUACAUGCACCUGCUGGCAGGGUGCUUGGUGCAAUGUCAGGUCUAAUCAUGGUCCUCAAGAGCCAGGAAGCUCCCUGCCAAGUCUGCCAGCCUGGGGGCAUGCCAGGCUCUGGAGUACCCAGGCUGGCUCUCCUAAAUGUGUAUCAUAUGAGCUCAGCUGAUGGCUUUGGAGAUAAAAGUCAAAUUGAGUAUCUAGACUCAGAAGGAGGGUCCAUGUCUUCCCAGGGUGUCUAUCUCAUCUUCAUUCUCUUACGUGAUAAAGGGAUUUCUGUUCUUGGGUGUCUUCCUGAAGACCAGACUGUGACCCACCAGCAGAAGGUCUGUGCACUGUGGGUGCCAGGCUGAGACUCCAGUAGGCUACAAGGCCUGCUCUGGUGCUGGGCACAGGCCUGAACCAGAUUCUGGGGGGGGGGGAGGGGGGUUGCUGUCUGUGACUGCUUUCUUGCCUUUGCUUUUGCUUCUGCUCAUUCAUUAGCUGCCCUGUGGGUGAUUCAUCCAGUUAUUUGUCAGGAGCAUGUUCACCUCCUGGCAGCAAGGGGCUGACCUUUGCUGUCUCUGCAGAAAGGAAGGCAUCUCUCAGCUUUUCUAUUAUCCAAAUAAACAUUAAAAAGGC